AGGAGCCGUGGGCUGCAGCCGUCCUCCUCGCCUUGCACCCCAGGAGCCAUUUGGCCCCGGUGACCAGCUCUCGGCGGCGGGAGCAGCCCCAGCUCCGGCCAGCUCGCCCAGGGAGCAGCCUGGAGCCUGAGGAGCACAGCAUGGAGCCGUCGGCUGUGCCGGAGGAGGAGGAGAUGCCCCUCGCCGCGGCGUCCGGCCCGGCGGGUUGCCAGCUCUUCGGUUACGUGGGAAUCGAAGCUGUGCUCGAUCAGAUGAAAAUCAAAACCAUGAAGACAGGCUUCGAGUUCAACAUCAUGGUUGUGGGGCAGAGUGGGCUGGGGAAGUCGACAAUGGUGAACACCCUCUUCAAGUCCAAGGUGAGCCGCAAAGCCUCACAGCCCGGCCAGGAGGAACGCAUCCCCAAGACGGUGCAGGUGCAGUCCAUCACCCACGUCAUUGAGGAGAAGGGCGUGAAGAUGAAGCUGACAGUGACGGACACACCAGGGUUUGGGGACCAGAUCAACAAUGAAAACUGCUGGGACCCCAUCAUCAAAUACAUCAACGAGCAGUACGAGAGGUACCUGCGCGAGGAGGUCCUCAUCACCCGCAAGAGGAAGAUCCCGGACACCCGGGUCCAUGGAUGUGUCUACUUUGUCCCCCCCACGGGUCACUGGCUGCGCCCACUGGACCUGGAGUUCAUGCAGCGGCUCAGUAAGAUCGUCAACGUGGUGCCGGUGAUCGCCAAAGCCGACACGCUCACCCUGGAGGAACGGGCAGAGUUCAAGCAACGGAUCCAGGAGGACCUGAAGACCCACGCCAUCAGCGUGUACCCACAGGAGGACUUCGACCAGGACCCAGAUGACCGGCUGCUGAACGACAGGAUUCGGGAGAAGAUCCCCUUUGCCGUGGUGGGGGCGGACCAGGAGCACCAGGUGAACGGCAAGCGGGUGCUGGGCCGCAAGACCAAGUGGGGCAUCAUUGAAGUGGAGAAUCCGGCACACUGCGAGUUCCCCCUCCUGCGGGACCUCCUGAUCCGGUCUCACCUGCAGGACCUGAAGGACAUCACCCACAACGUCCAUUACGAGAGCUACCGCGUGCGGCGGCUGAAUGAGAGCAACCGGCCAGCGCUGAGCCCCCUCAACGGGCUGCCCGGCAAGGGCGAGGGCAGCAGCAACCUCUGAGCCACCAUGUCCCCGUGUCCCCCCCUCCCCGGAGUCACCGCUGGACCCCUGUGGCAGUGCCUGUCCCCUGCCCAUCAGUGGCUGUGCCUGGACCCUGCCUGGGGUGAGGAGCCUCCUGAGAGUGCCAGGCUGCCCCACGUUGGGUUCCCUGAGCCCUCGUCCCCAAGCUCCGCCAUGGGCACAGAACCCCUGGACUCUGCACAGCAUUAAAGAUCGACCCAGA